GGGUGGCAGCGGCUCGGUGCCCUUUGGAGCGGGGGCGGGCCCAGUUGGUGGCCGGGCGGCGGCCAGGCCCGGUUGCUUCGCACUCUUGACCGGCCAUGGAGCUGGAGCGGCCGGCGCCCGGCGAGGUGCGCGUGAGCCAGGCCAUCCAGCCCGCGCACGCCAACCUCCGCGGAGAGCUGAGCGCCGCUCAGCUGCUCAAGUGGAUCGACGCUGCCGCCUGCCUGGCGGCUGAAAAACAUGCUGGGGUUUCCUGUGUUACAGCCUCAGUGGAUGACAUACAAUUUGAGGAGACAGCUAGAGUUGGACAAGUUAUAACCAUCAAAGCGAAAGUUACUAGAGCGUUCAGCACAAGCAUGGAGAUCAGCAUCAAGGUCACAGUACAGGACAUGUUCACUGGCAUUGAGAAACUUGUUAGUGUGGCUUUCUCUACAUUUGUAGCCAAACCAGCUGGAAAAGAAAAGAUUCAUUUAAAACCAGUCACACUUCUAACUGAACAAGAUAAUGUGGAACAUAAUCUGGCUUCUGAGAGAAGGAAAGUUCGAUUACAACAUGAAGAUACUUUUAAAAACUUGAUGAAGGAAAGUGACAAGUUUGAUGAUCCCACUUGUGAUGAAGAAGAAGGAAUGGUUUCCACGAGGGGCACCUCUGUGCAGAGCAUUGAACUUGUCCUCCCACCCCAUGCAAACCAUCAUGGAAAUACAUUUGGUGGCCAGAUCAUGGCUUGGAUGGAGAUGGUGGCUACUAUUUCUGCAAGCCGCCUGUGUCGAGCGCAUCCCCUUCUGAAGUCCGUGGACAUGUUUAAGUUCCGGGGACCAUCUACAGUUGGAGAUCGUCUUGUCUUCAAUGCCAUUGUCAACAAUACAUUUCAGACCUGUGUUGAAGUAGGAGUGCGCGUGGAGGCCUUUGACUGCCAGGAGUGGUCUGGGGGCCGGGGCCGCCAUAUCAACAGUGCGUUUCUCAUUUAUAAUGCUGUUGAUGAUAAGGAAGAACUGAUCACAUUUCCCAGAAUCAAACCGAUGUCAAAGGAUGAUUUUAGACGGUAUCGUGGAGCUCUUGCACGCAAGAGAAUUCGCCUAGGCAGAAAAUACAUUAUUUCCCACAAAGGAGAGGUUCCACUUUGCAUACACUGGGAUACUGGCAACCAGGUAUCCUUGAGUAAUGGCAAUGUGGAGGCUCUCAAAAGCCUGGCGGCCAAAAGUGGUUGGGAGGUUACCAGUGCUGUGGAAAAGAUAAAAAUAUAUACUCUGGAAGAGCACAAUAUUUUAUCUGUUUGUGUUGAAAAGCAUGUGGAAAAACCAGCACACUUGGCUUAUCAUCUCUUGUCCGACUUUACCAAGAGACCUUUGUGGGACUCCCAUUACAUGUCCUGUGAAGUCAUAGACUGGGUAAGUGAAGAUGAUCAGAUAUAUUAUAUCACUUGUCCUGUGGUGAAUGAUGACAAACCCAAAGACUUGGUAGUACUUGUUUCACGAAGAAGGCCUCUCAAAGAUGGUCACACUUACACGGUGGCAGUGAGGUCAGUUAUUCUGCCAUCAGUCCCACCUUCUCCACAGUACAUCAGAAGUGAAAUAAUAAGUGCCGGAUUUCUCAUCUGUGCUAUUGACAGCAGUUCAUGUACCGUAUCUUACUUUAACCAGAUUUCUGCUAGCAUCCUUCCUUACUUUGCUGGAAAUCUUGGUGGCUGGUCAAAAUCCAUUGAAGAGACAGCAGCCUCCUGUAUACAAUUCAUAGAGAACACUACUGAUGAUGGGUUGAUAAGCAUAUUUUAAAUGAUAAACUUUAAAUUAUCAG